AUGCCUGGGUCUCUUCCAGUGAAUGCUGAAUCCUGCUGGCCCAAAGAUGUGGGAAUUGUUGCAGUGGAAAUAUAUUUUCCUUCUCAGUAUGUUGACCAGACAGAGCUGGAGAAGUAUGAUGGUGUGGAUGCUGGGAAAUACACCGUUGGGCUAGGCCAGUCAAAGAUGGGAUUCUGCUCUGACUGGGAGGAUAUCAAGUCUCUCUUUUUGACUGUGGUUCAGAAGCUCAUGGAAAGGAACAGCCUUUCCUAUGAUUGUAUAGGGAGAUUAGAAGUUGGAACAGAGACAAUAAUUGAUAGGUCAAAAUCUGUAAAGACUGUCCUGAUGCAACUUUUUGAAGAAUCUGGUAAUACGGAUGUAGAAGGAAUUGACACCACGAAUGCAUGCUAUGGAGGCACUGUUGCUCUCUUUAAUGCUAUUAAUUCGACUGAGUCCAGUUCUUGAGAUUCAGGACGUUAUGCACUUGCUGGAGACAUAGCUGUGUAUGCCAGUGGAAAUGCCAGGCCAGCAGGUGGAGCUGUUGCUGUUGCUAUGCUAGUUGGUCCAAAUGCUCCAUUAAUUUUUGAGAGAGGGUUGCAUGGAACCCACAUGCAGCAUGCAUAUGACUUCUAUAAACCAGAUAUGAUCUCUGAAUAUCCCAUAGUUGAUGGUAAACUAUGUAUACAGUGCUACUUCAGUGCAUUAGAUUGCUGCUAUGCUGUCUAUCGCAACAAAAUCCACACCCAGUGGCAAAAGGAGGGGACAGGCAGACAUUUCACCUUGAAUGACUUUGGAUUCAUGAUCUUUCAUUCUCCCUACUGUAAACUGGUACAGAAAUCUGUGGCUAGACUAUUGCUGAAUUACUUUCUUUGUGACCAGAACCUAGAAACAGCAAAUGGUGUUUUCAGUGGUUUGGAAGCUUUCAGGGAUGUAAAACUUGAAGAUACAUAUUUUGACAGAGUUGUGGAAAAAGCUUUUAUGAAAGCCAGUGCAGAGCUCUUCAAUCAGAAAACCAAAGCUUCGUUGCUCAUAACCAAUCAGAAUGGAAAUAUGUAUACCCCUUCAGUCUAUGGUUGCCUUGCCUCUCUUCUAGCCCAAUACCCCCCAGAGCAGCUCGCAGGACAGAGAAUUAGUAUGUUCUCGUAUGGCUUUGGUUUUGUUGCUACAUUGUAUUCCAUCAGAGUUACACAGGAUGCCGCUCCUGGUUCUGCACUGGACAAAAUAACUGCUAGUCUUUCUGAUCUUAAAACAAGACUUGACUCAAGAAAAUGCAUUGCACCUGAUGUCUUUACUGAAAACAUGAAGAUUAGACUGGAAACGCAUAAUUUGGCCAACUAUAUUCCACAGUCUUCAGUAAUAGAUCUCUUUGAAGGAACAUGGUACCUUGUGCAUGUGGAUGAAAAACACAGAACUUCUUAUGCACGGCACCCAGUCAUGGGUGAUGGACCUCUGGAAGCAGGAGUUGAAGCUGUCCACCCAGGCCUUGUUAAUGAGCACAUCCCAAGCCCUGUUAAGAAAGCACCAAGAAUCCCUGCAGCAACAGAAUCUGAAGGCAUUACUGUUGCCACUUCCAAUGGGGAGCAUUAA